ACUCCUUCCCCAUCGCAAUUAAAGGUGCGUUGUCGGGGAAUGACAGUUUUACACGGGCCUGAGCUCUGGAACGUCACUGAUCAGCCCUGGAGCAGCGCCAAGAAAGCCCUGCCAAUGGAAGGGGGCCCAGCCACUGACCUAGUUCACGAGUCAACGGACUAUCAAGCUAGACAUGGAUGCUGCUUACCACUUACUUCACUUAAAAUGAGCUGGCCAUUUGUUUGCCUUCAUGUCACUUAGCCGGUCCUCUAUUAACCCAUGACUGACUGGAUUAGACUAAACGCAACUUAACAAAUGCAGAUGACCGCAUCUUGGGUGUGUUUAGGGCAGGGGGUCACAGCGGUGGGUUCAAGGGUCAUCUGUAACAUGUGCCUCUUUGCCUGUGCUGACAUGCAUGGAAACAGAUGGCUCUCCACCUCCUACCUGCCAAUGCUACAGGUACGACGUCCUUAUGACCUCCAACCCCAAGAUCAACGAGAAAUUCAGGAACUCCUGCUACACGAUCGACACCAAGACAGGAGUGCUGAUGAAUGAGCCCGUAACCAGCUUCGACACGGGGGAUUAUUUUUGCGAGGCUCAGAACAACGUUGGGACCACUCAGAAAUCGGAAGCCAUCCUCUUGGACGCCAGUAAGGAGAUGGGGACUUGCAGAGCCUGCGUGUGGGUGGGUGGUUGCGUGCGCACGUCCGCACUGGGCUCUUUGGAAGUCACUUGCAAGCUUACAAUAGCCGGUGAUGUUACUGCCCCUUCCCCGGCCUCCUGCAACUACAUCCUGUACUGGCUGCGAUAGAUUAGAUUGGACAGUGCCCAAGCGUCUUGAUGGGAAAACAGGCAUGUGCUUUGCUGCAAGGGCUGGGGAGAGCCUGGAACCAGAAGCCCAUUGGGCUGCCCUGCUAAAAGAGCAACCUUUGCAGAGAAUGGAGUCUCCUGAGAGCCGACAAGUGGUUCUUGGCGUAUCCUGCCUCCUACGUGACCUCCGGAGCUGGGCCUCAGUACAGACCCGGAGGAGGCUCCUGUCCUAGCCUAGUGCACCCUGGGAUUGGGAGUGACUGAAGUUGGGGAUAGGUGUGUUUGCUGGGCCCAGCUCCGGUGACAAGCAUUCCAACCGUCCCCUCCUCUGAAAAGCUACCGUGCCGUCAGCCCCCGUUCCCUGGAGCUGCCCUCUUCCUCUUGCACUCAACCCCUCCCAUGACCCUAGAUGCUGAACUGGUUGAGUUAAAGCUGAGACUGUAACUCGACCUAUUCAAACUGAGCUGAAGGCUUUAGACUGUCUACAUUGGUGCUAAAUGGGAUUUUCAGUUGGGGUUAAACUCAAUAGGGAAAACAGUGGGUUUUUUCCCUAUCUACACAGCAUCCGUCCUGGUAUAACUCUGCUGUGAGGCGGUGCGGGAGUGGGGAUGUGAUUUUUAUUUUUACAGAUUGUCAUUCUGGCACAAUCCCAGUUGUGGAUGCAGUUAUACUGGUGUGAGGGUGCCUCAGACUGGGGUGACUUAUUCCCUUUCCUGUACUGACAUCGUUAAACUGGGACAACUCUUGUGUGUAGACAGAGCCCCUUGGCUAGACAAGGGCUACACUACAGCACGACCUGCUGAUGUGACACUGGAGGUGGUAAGCUACAUCCACACUGGGUGGGGUUUCAAAUCGGCUGAGCUACCCCCAUGCCUUUUUUAAACCUUUCCCCCUCGUCUAGACAAAGCUGCAGGUGCUAGAGCAAUGCUGGGAGAUCUCCCCCCAAUAACCCUCAGUAUUGGACUCGGCCGUGUCUACAGGUCCAGGGCCAGCUGUGGGGAAAAUUCACUUCCACGCUCUGUAUCCAGGUCUCUUUCUCUCUCUCUCUGUGUGCCCUUGAAUACAGCCCGCAGCAGUCAGAGGGGUUGCACCCAAGUUUACAGUGUGUGAACGAGAGCAGAAUUUGGCGCGCACACCCCCCCGGUGUCUUGCACAGCCUGAACCCUGCUCCAGCAUGUCAGGAGCAAAUGAAUCCUGUGUCUGGAAAAUCAGUGGUUAAAGGAAUAACCCGGCUCUGCUGUUGCCUUGUAGGGGCCGGAUUUUGCCCACGAGUGACUCCGACUAAAGACAAGGGGCCUGAUUCUUGUGUCAGUUCAGGGCACCUGCACCUCACUGGCCCAGCAAGGGCACCCGGUCUGACUUCCAGCUCCCCCGGUUGUCAUCUCUCUAGGGUGGAGACAUGGGUCUCUCUCCUUGCUGGCUGGGGUCUCUCCAGGCUGCUGCAGCUCCCUGCCUUCCCUGUGUUGGGUUAGUCUGCCCAAGCAGGCCUGCUGGCUUUCCCCUCAGAGACUAAUAACAGUGGAAUUGCUACAAUUAUAAGUUACCGCAUGGUUCUUCAGUGCUUAAUUUGUAAUGAAAGCGGUGCCGGGGCUCAUAGGCGCUGACUCCGUGGGUGCUCUGGGGCUGGAGCAUCCAUGGUGAAAAACUAGCGGGUGGUUAGCACCCACUGGCAGCCAAGCUCUCCUCGCCGCCUCCUCCCCUGAGUGCACUGUGUCCCCACUCCUC